AUGGCGUUCUGUACCCAAGGUGUCACCUGCUCCUUCAAUGGAAACUAUACGGAUAAGGUAUCACUAUUGGAGUUCAAGAACAGCAUCAGUGAUCCACGACAGUCCUUGAUAUCUUGGAAUGAUAGCACACACUUGUGCAGUUGGGAAGGUGUCCAGUGUAGUGUAAAGCACCCACUUCGGGUCACUUCACUUCGUCUUAUCAAUCAAGGUUUGGUUGGUCCAAUAUCUCCUUCACUUGGAAACCUGACAUUCCUAAAAGUCCUAAUACUAUCGGCCAAUUCAUUGGUCGGUGAGAUCCCUCCAUCCCUCGGUCAUCUGCAUCGCCUCCAGAUCCUUAAUUUAAGUAAUAACACGCUUCAAGGCACAAUACCCAGUCUUUUAAAUUGUUCAAAUCUCAAGGGCCUGUUCUUGGAGGUGAAUCAGCUAGCCGGACAGAUUCCUGAACAUUUGCCUUUUGGCCUUCAAAAGCUGGCACUUGCCGUUAAUAACCUUACUGGAAACAUUCCCUCUUCUCUUGCCAAUAUCACAACGCUGAAUACAUUUACUUGUAUGUGUAAUAAUAUUAAGGGAAACAUCCCAAAUGAGUUCACAAAAUUGUCAGCGCUGCAAAUCCUGUAUGUUGGCAUCAAUAAGUUGUCAGGUCAAUUUCCGCAGCCUGUCCUGAAUCUUUCCAGUCUACUUAAAUUUAGCGCCGCUAGCAAUGAUUUUAGUGGAGAGGUACCACCCAAUAUAGGCAAUUCUUUACCCAACCUCCAAUUGCUACAACUAGGUGCCAACUUCUUUCAUGGUCAUACUAGAAACACAUGCGCAGCUUUGCCGCGCCAUCGUUGGAGGGGGCCAUGGAUGAUAAAUCCUUUAUUCUGGAAGUAG